CUGAUGAGGCGCUGGCGGAGUUGGCUCGCGGCCCCGCGUUCAGUCAAUAACGGUAUGCAGCCAUUCAUGCUCGGAGAUAGUCAUUUGUGCAAGUAUUGACGAGUGCAGCGGCAAUCGUUAAGCAAAUCGGCCAAAAAACCACUGGUGCAGCCCUGCAGUGGCUGCAACAGCCACCGCGGAGCACCCGAGGCGAAUCGCGGAGCACCCGAUGGCCCACUUGCUGCUCCUUGCACUAUGCGUAGCGACGAGCAACUCGAUUGCCCUCCACGCGCCGGCUCGAGUGAAGACGCUCGGCGCGACGCGGUCGGCGCUGGCGUUGCUCAAAGCGGGCGACUUUGAGCACUUGGCGCGGCAGUUUAGCAACUCCGAGGGCAUCCUCGCGCUGACGCUGCCCGGCAGCCGCCAGCGGUGCCUCGUCAUCCACGAGAGCCGGGCCGACCUCGCGCGGCGCAUGUGCGCGUCGUCGGUUCUGAAAGACAGGGUCGCCGGCGACGUGGCGUUCCCGGGCCUGACGCGCCAGCGGGACGGCGAGCGCUACGCGGCCGCGAAGACGGCGCUCAACUCAGCGCUGUGCGGCGUAUCGGCCAGACGGCGUAUCGGCCAAACGGCCUUCGCCGCGGCCUUCGACGCGGACCACAUACAUGACGACGACGCCUACGCGCUGUGCGUCGCGCGCUGUGCGCUACGCGCAACUCUCUUCGGCGACGACGAGGACACGGCGACGGCGUUCCUGGGACCGGCCGCGCUCGCGACGUCGGCGGCGGCGCCGCCGCCGCCGAGGCAGAGCGCGAUGCGCGCCAGGCUGCGCGUCGCCGCGCGUCAGGCGAAGCUGCUGAUGUCGGGCGCGCCGUUCUUCGAAGUCGUCGAUGGCUUCACGAACGUGGACGCGAAGACGCUGCGCGCGCGCCGCGGCGUCCGGAACCCGGCGCCUGCGGCCGCCGCGGCGUUCCGCGCGGAGACGGAAGCCAGGCGCGAGGCGGCGAUCGCGGCGCGGCGGCGCGGUGGCGCGGGAGCCGACGGCUCGGCGGUCGCGCGGCUCUGCGCGGACGCCUCGCUCGAGGACGCGGACGUGGCGGCGGCGCUGUGGGACCUCAUUGUCGCGGGCACAGCGACGACGGCCGAGCUCGCCUCCGAGGCGCUCAAAAUCGGACGCGGCGACGGCUCGGUCGACGCGACCGCCCUCGUCGAGGACGUCGCGAGAGCCUGUGUGGAAAUCAAAAUUUAACGGCGCGUUCGUGCUGAAUCAUCGCGUCGACCUCCACGCCAUCGACGCGACGCCUGCUCGAUGGCGUGGCGAUGCCGGUUCCUCGCCGCUCGUGCACCCGACGCACUGGUUGAUUUCCACACAGGCGAGAGCAGAACGGGAGAAGCGCGCCGUCGCGCCGCUGAUCUUCCGUGUCGCCUGCGACGACGGCAUGCUGGGCGACGUGCCUCUCCGAAAAGGCGAUGGCGUCGUCGCGUCGCUGCGGCUGGCGCCGGACCUCUCCUUCGGCGCGGGGCGACGCGCUUGCGCCGGCCGAGAGGUCGCGCUCGCCGUCGCGGCGGCAGCGGUCGAGGCGCGGCUCUCCGGCGGCGUCGCGAAGAUAGCCUAA